GCACGGUUCUGCUGGCAGCACUGCAGGUGAAUGAGUGUGCUUUUUCUGUUAUAUAUUUGUCAGAGAGAGAUUUUUAAUCUUUAUUUAUUCUAAAAGUUCUAAAACAAAGUGUCGAAGAAUGAAGGAUAAGAAACCAAAUGUGGAAAAUGAGAAAGCAAAAGACAAAAACGAGGAAAAAGAACAAGAAUUGUCAGAGGAGGACAAGCAAUUACAGAUUGAACUUAAUAUGCUGGUUCAACGUUUGACGGAAAAUGAUUCUUCUAUGUACCUUCCUGCACUUGAAAGUCUACGAACUCAGAUUCGUGCUUCUACUACAUCUAUGACAUCUGUACCAAAACCAUUAAAGUUUCUUCGUUGUCAUUAUGAAACAUUGAAGGAUGUUCAUAAAAAGAUACAAGAUCCUCCAACAAAAAGAUUCUGUGCUGAUAUUAUUUCCAUACUUGCUAUGACUAUGAGUGAAGAAAGAGAAUGCCUUACUUAUCGUCUUCUUGGUUCAAGAGAAGAAAUUGGUUCUUGGGGUCAUGAAUAUGUAAGACAUCUUGCUGGAGAAAUUGCACUUGAGUGGCCAAAUAUUCAAAAUGAGCCUGAGAAGAAGAUAGAGGUUGUAAAAUUGGCAGAACAGAUUGUACCAUAUCAUAUGGCUCAUAAUGCAGAAGCUGAAGCCUGUGAUCUUUUGAUGGAAAUUGAAAUGCUUGAAAUGCUAGAUAGAUAUGUUGACAAAGAUGCUUUCCCAAGAGUGGCAUUAUAUCUCACCAGUUGUGUUCCUUAUGUGCCUGAACCAGAAAAUAGUAAUCUUCUAAAAGCUGCUUUAAAAUUGUUUCGAAGAUUUAAAAAAUAUCCAGAAGCUUUACGUCUUGCUAUGCAGUUGAAUGAUUCAAAUUUAAUUAAGGAAAUAUUUUAUGAAUGUGAAGAUAGAUCUGUUCGAAAACAAAUGUCCUUUAUGAUGAGUCGGCAACAGAUACAUUUUGUUUUGAAUGAUGAUACUGAUGAACAGGAAGAACUCAGUGAAAUUCUGUCUAACACACAUUUGAAUGCCCAUUUCCUGACACUGGGAAGAGAACUUGAUAUUCUUGAACCAAAAACUCCUGAUGACAUUUAUAAGACACAUCUUGAUAAUACAAGACCAUCAUUUGGACCAGGAAGUAGUGUUGAUUCUGCACGACAAAAUUUAGCAUCAAGUUUUGUUAAUGGAUUUGUAAAUGCAGCUUUUGGUCAAGAUAAACUUUUGAUGGAAGAUGGAAAUAAAUGGUUAUUUAAAAACAAAGAACAUGGUAUGUUGAGUGCAACUGCUUCUUUAGGAUUAAUUGUUUUAUGGGAUGUUGACAGUGGACUUUCACAAAUUGAUAAGUAUUUAUAUUCAUCUGAAGAUUAUAUUAAGGCUGGUGCACUUCUGGCAUGUGGAAUUGUGAACUGUGGAGUUCGCAAUGAAUGUGAUCCAGCUUUGGCUCUGUUAUCUGAUUUUGUAACACACAAUAAUUUAAUGAUGAGAAUUGGUGCAAUUGUUGGAUUGGGACUUGCUUAUGCUGGAUCUAAUAGAGCUGAUGUAUUGAAGUUAUUGAUUCCUGUAUUAAGUGAUUCACGUUCAACAAUGGAGGUGAUAGGAAUGACAGCUUUGGCUUGUGGUAUGAUUGCUGUAGGUUCAUGUAAUUCACAUGUCUCUGAGAUCAUUAUGGAAAAUUUAUUAGAGAAAAGUGAAGCAGAUCUAAAAGAUACUUUUGCUAGAUUUUUACCUUUGGGUAUUGGUCUAUGUUACUUAGGUAAACAACAAGAAGGAAUUGAUGCAAUGAUUGAAACUUUUCAAGUAAUACCAGAACCAUUUCGAAGCAUGGCUCUUACCAUGAUUGAUAUCUGUAUGUAUGCAGGUAAGAAUUUAAUAUUCUUAAUAAAAUUAAUAUUUUAAUUUUUGCAGGAAGAAAAAAAAGAUGAUAAGAAAGACAAAGAUGACAAAAAAGAAGAUAAAUCAACUUCAUCUCCUGAUUUAUCAUCUCAUCAAGCUGUUGCUGUUUUGGGUAUUGCAUUAAUUGCUAUGGGUGAAGAUAUUGGUUCUGAAAUGGCAUUCCGAGCUUUUGGGCAUCUGUUAAGAUAUGGAGAACCUAUUAUCAAAAGAGCUGUCCCUCUAGCUUUAGCAUUAAUUUCUGUCUCCAAUCCCAAAUUAAACAUUCUUGAAACACUAAGCAAAUUUUCGCAUGAUAGUGAUCCAGAAGUAACUUAUAAUGCCAUUUUUGCUCUAGGAAUAGUAGGAGCAGGUACCAAUAAUGCAAGAUUGGCAGCAAUGUUAAGACAAUUAGCACAAUACCAUGCAAAAGAUCCAAACAGCCUUUUUAUGGUAAGAAUUGCCCAGGGUCUAGCUCAUUUAGGAAAAGGAACUCUGACACUUUGUCCUUAUCAUAGUGAUCGUCAAUUAAUGAGUCCUGUUGCAGUUGCUGGGCUGCUUGCAACAUUAGUAGCUUUCUUAGAUGUCAAAAACAUUAUAUUGGGAAAAUCACACUAUGUAAUGUAUCAUUUAGUGGCUGCAAUGCAACCUCGAAUGUUAGUCACAUUUGAUGAAGAAUUAAGGCCUCUUCCAGUACCUGUUCGAGUAGGACAGGCAGUUGAUAUUGUUGGACAAGCAGGUAAACCCAAAACCAUAACCGGUUUCCAGACACACACCACACCUGUGUUACUUGCCUUUGGUGAACGAGCAGAAUUAGCUACUGAAGAAUACAUCCCGCUUACGCCUGUUUUGGAAGGCUUUGUCAUCUUGAGGAAGAAUCCCGAUUACAGUACAUAGCAAAAUAAAAUCAUCAGUUAGAAAA